AUGAUGAACGAGUUGACUGCUGGAUUUGCAACUACUAGGACGCAGUCUACAUCUUCUAUCGCAACGAUACACACGGCCGCCACAACUCCGGAGUUCUUUCCGAGCUUGGUUGAGCUAGAGGUUGGAAAUCUGUUACACGUUAAUGGGUUCUCUCUAGACCACCAAGAAGUUGAAGAUCCUGGCACGGAGUCCGCUAGCACAGAGUCGGUGACUGACACAUUGGAUUUCGAGCGCGAAAAGUGGGCCAUCUGUUUGGUGGGUCUGCCUGCGAGCGGGAAGUCGACAGUGGCGAAGCACCUCGAGACUUACGUGAACAACUUUAAACACGCCGAUAUUCGGUUUGGCGUGUUCAACGCGGGGAACGUGAGAAGAAGGUAUGAGAAGAAGCUGACCAACAAGUUCGAUUUUGAUUUUACAAAAAGCGACACUCAGCGACUAAGAGAAUUAUAUGCAUUUGAGGCUCUACACGAACUCACUAGCAGUCUUGUGAGCGACAAGAUUGAUGUGGGUGUGUUUGACGCCACCAACACCACCAGGGAAAGACGUCAGAAAGUUGUCGAAAAGAUUAGAGAGGCAGCGGACGACGCCAAGGUGGCUAUAAACAUUGUGAUUCUGGAGGUUUGUUGCCACAACAUCUCUCUUAGAAGAUACAAUAUCGAAAGAAAGACGACCAACACGGAUUACUAUGGACUUCCACGCGAGGAAGCCAUCGUUGAUUUUUUAAGAAGGGUGGAGCGAUACGAAAAGGUUUACGAGAAUAUCACUGUGGAUGAAAUCAAUGAGUUGGACGUGAAAUUUUUUAGCAUGGCGAACGUUGGCGAAUCGUUCAGUUACAACUGCGGAUUGCAACUGAGACGUAAUAAGGAAAUACAAUUGGGAAGUUUGUUUUUACACCAGAUUUAUGAUUUUUUGCUAUACUACAGAACCAAUUUUGGGCAGACUUAUCUUUGCGAGGUUGAACAGUUUUAUAAAAAGGGAUACAAACCCAUCAGACAAGCGUCAACCGUGGCUGAUAGCACUGUAUAUAACGUAUAG